GCCUGGGUAUAUGGUUUUGUGUUAUCAACUGAAAUCGUCAAUUCCAUAAUGCCUGUAAGUGUGCGCUGAAACAAACGCUCUCCCUAAGGCCUGCAAGUGUGCACAGAAGCAUACGCUCCUGAAAUGAACAACUGAUGAUCAUCAAUUCCUUAAUGCCUGCAAGUGUGCGCUGAAACAUAUUCACCUGAAAAGAAUGCGUAUUUUAUUAAUAUGAUAGCCAAAGUUGAGCCUCCGGUCAAUAUGGGGCAGAUUUCAAGAGCAACUGUACCAUUGAAUGUUUCUCUGGCAGUAGUUGCUGAGUUGGAUGAUCUAACUGUUGGUGGCCUUAUUAAUGGCUGUGGGAUCGCAAAAAGCUCCCAUAUUUAUGGCCUAUUUGCUGACACAGUUGUGGCUUAUGAGGUAGUUCUGGCUGAUGGACGGGUUGUCAGAGCCAAGGACAAUGAGUUUUCCGAGCUUUUUUACGCUAUUCCAUGGUCUCAGGGUACUCUAGGAUUGCUUGUUUCUGCUGAAAUUAAGCUUAUUCCAAUAAAGGAGUACAUGAGGCUGACAUACACUCCUGUGAAAGGUAGUUUGAAAGAUCUUGCCCAGGGUUAUAUUGAUUCUUUUGCACCAAAAGAUGGAGAUCAAGACAAUCCCGAAAAGGUCCCUGAUUUUGUGGAAGGCAUGAUUUACAAUCCUUCUGAAGGUGUGAUGAUGACAGGUAGAUAUGCUUCCAAAGAAGAGGCCAAGAAGAAGGGAAAUGUGAUCAAUAGCUGUGGAUGGUGGUUUAAACCCUGGUUCUAUCAGCAUGCUCAGACAACCCUUGAACGAGGGGAGUUUGUGGAGUACAUUCCUACCAGGGAAUAUUAUCACCGACAUACAAGAUCUCUGUACCUUCUGGGACCACCUCGUCCCAACUGGGAAGGAAAGCUUAUCAUUCCAUUAGGUGAUCAAGCGUGGUUCAGAUUCCUUCUUGGAUGGUUGAUGCCACCAAAGGUUUCCCUUCUUAAAGCUACUCAAGGUGAAGCCAUCAGAAACUAUUACCAUGAGAACCAUGUGAUUCAGGACAUGCUUGUUCCACUAUACAAGGUUGGAGAUGCUCUUGAAUGGGUCCAUCGUGAAAUGGAGGUUUACCCUCUUUGGCUCUGCCCACAUCGUCUGUUUAGGCUGCCCGUCAAAACCAUGAUAUAUCCUGAACCAGGCUUCGAGCAGCACAAGAGACAGGGUGACACUUCAUAUGCUCAGAUGUUCACUGAUGUUGGUGUCUACUAUGCACCAGGACCUAUUCUGCGUGGUGAGGUGUUCGAUGGUGCCGAGGCUGUCCGUAAGUUGGAGAAGUGGUUGAUUGAAAACCAUGGAUUCCAGCCACAAUACACUGUCUCUGAGCUAAAUGAGAAGGACUUCUGGAGGAUGUUUGAUGCCUCACUUUAUGAGAAGGCAAGGAGGAAAUAUGGAGCAAUUGGAACCUUCACGAGUGUAUACUACAAAUCCAAGAAGGGACGUAAGAGCGAGAAGGAGGUGGCUGAGGCCGAGAAAGAGCAAGCUGAAGUUGAGACACCCGACGCUGAGGUUGAAUAGUUGUAUUAUUUGGCACUAGCUGAAAUUUAUUCUGAGACACUUCGUAGUUGGAUUUGUUGCUUAACUUUUCAGAUGGGCAGAAACACUUGUUUUUCUCCCCCCUUGUUUAAUUUUUGUAGCUUGCAUGAUUUGGCUGUAUAGACUCUAUUGUGCUGCUAACUGGCUAGAUUUGUGUUUGAAUCAUA